AUGGUCAAGAAGUUCAUCUGGCAGCACAUAAUAUGCCGGUUUGGCAUUCCACAACGGCUCGUGUCCGAUAAUGGGCAGCAAUUCGUCAGACAGCAGCUCAGAGAAUGGUGCGAGGGGUAUGGCAUUCAGCAACACUUCACCUCCGUGGCUUAUCCACGGAGCAACGGACAAGCUGAGGUCGCUAAUCGGGAGAUCCUUCGGAUUCUUCGAGUUCGGCUCGACCAUAUUGGUGGCAGCUGGGUGGAUGAGCUCCCGGGCAUGUUAUGGGCGAUUCGCACUACCCCUAAGGAGGGAACGGGAGUCACGCCUUUUCACUUGGUGUACGGAGGGGAGGUUGUCGUUCCCGUGGAGGCCAGAGUAGAAUCUGAUCGGGUACAACAGUACGACGCGAGUAACGCCGAGCAGAGGCAGCUGGAGCUGGACAUGGCAGAUGAGGCGCGAGCCAAAGCAGUCGUUCGGUUAAUGGCGUAUCGGCAAAGAAUGAAGCAUAAUUACAACAGGCGAGUGAUUCCCAGGGCAUUCCAAGUCGGCGACUUUGAAUGA